AUGAUCAAAUUAGAAUCAAAGGUAUCAGUAACAAGCCCAGCUAUAAGGUCCCUUAGAGCCAAAAGUCAAGAAGAAUUACUAGAAUCCUUCAUCAAUGUUCAACAAUAUGACAAGUUACUUUACUACCUAGAAUCAUCACUAUUCAACAAUGCUCCAACGUUGAACUGCCCUUCAGCUUUUGUUAUCAAUUGCCUCUUCACGUUGGCCACUCUUGGAGAGUACUAUAAUGCUGAUUUGAUUAGAAAAGAAUUUGACAAGCCGCUAUCGUCCCAGCCGCUUCAUAUUAGAGCGAUUAAUAUAUUGAAAAGACUAAUGUGCAUUGUUCAACAAAGUUCUGAAAAAGGUGAUCAAACUUUUCAUAGAACAGAGUAUAACGCUGAUGAUGUGAACUAUACAAAAUCUCAGUUGAUAAGAGCGCUAGAAUUGAUCAUAAGGACGGAUAAAAGAGACUUAAGACCUAGAAUUUUGCGUAAAGAUUACAAGGAAAAGAAAGAACCUGAACCUGAAGCAGAUGAAUUUACAAAUACUCAACCUUCUGAUAAUGAAAAGGUCAACUCAACAGACUGGUCACCGCAAAAAAAAUUACUAGAGCAACAAUUCCAAUUGGUUAAAGGGCCUGGUGCUGACAGUGAUGAUGAAUCAGAAAGUGAAGGGGAAAAUAUUUUGGAUAGAAAAUCGUAUAUGGUUUUGAAAAAUGAAAGAUUUGACAUUGCAUUACAAAAUGAUAGCUUUUGGGCUGCUGUUUCAUGGGCUUUGGAAUGCUCAACAUCAAGAGACAAGGUUCGUUUAGAAGCUUGGAAAGUUUGGAGACCAAUCUUGAAUAUUCUGAUUGAUAUUGCAACUAUUGACCUUGAAGAUUUCAUAAGUGCGAAAAAAUCAAACACUGAUGGCACUGAUGGCAUGCCAGCUAUGUUUACUGAAACUCUAGCCUAUAAGUUGCUUAUCAUGGUUGGAAGAUAUAAUCCAAUGGACAAUCUACUGGAUGUUAUCUUUCCUAAAGUUGAACAAACCAUGAAUAAGAGAGAUAAAAAAGUGGGACCAAUUUUUGCCAAUGAAUUAACAACUGCAAGAUCUGUUCAUUUAGUUGAUUUUUUGUUUCAAAGACCGAAUGAUGAACGUAUCUCAAUGGAAAGUAUGCUUUUAAGAAAGAAACUUUAUUUUUUGACAUAUAGAGCUGCUAACGAUGCAAAUCCCGACGAUUGCUUCAAGGAAUCAAGAUUUUCGUCAUGGAAGUUGGCUAGAUAUUUAACUCAAAAGCUUGUUGAUCUUUCAUAUGUUGAUUUCAAAAAAUUCUUUAUACUUCAAGAAUCUGAACUUUCUGAAACUUGGAAAUUGGAUACCAUUCUUGAUGUUUUGUUUGACUGGUUUGUACAAAUCAAUGGCUAUGUAUUUGAUACACCAACGUUGGAUUUUCUUGAAGAUAGUGAUCCUGAGUUUAUGAGCUCAUUUCUAUGCAAUGUCUUUUAUGAAAAAGAGUUUUACAAAAAACACACAGAGGCUGACUCACUUUUGAAACAUAUGCAAACUGAUUUCUCCAAGCUAAACUUUUCAUUAUAUUUUUUGUUAAAUUUGUGGUUGAAAUUUUCAAAUUUCCUUUCAACUGAGAAAGAGCAAAAAAUCAAAGAGAUCGUAAGAUGGUGUGAAACAGGUGAAUCCAAGAGAAGAGCUGCUCUACAACACGCUAAACCAAAAGAUAAGAACGUUCAUAAGAAUUUGUUUUCUCUAGUACAAGCUGUUAAAGCCCAAUUUAAUAUUAAAUAA